AUGCUUCAAUAACCUUUAGAAUCUUCCCAUAAACAAGGCUCAAAACGGUUUGCUUUGAAAAAAGAAGUACCUAUUCUAAAGCAAUUUCGAAAAAUUUACAAACAAUAUAAAUAAAAACCUCAUCCUCACUUAAUCUAAAAGGAGUUUACAAAAGAAUAAGUAAAACUAGCAGAAUUAGAAGUUGAGCGUCUUUCGAAUUCUCAGACACUCAACUUUGAUAUCAUUUUUAAAAGGAAAAUCCAGACAGAUUAAAAUAAAUGUAACAAUGAGGAUUCCGAAUGUUCACCAUUUUCGUAAAACACUUUCACCCAAGACACAAUUAAAAAGGAUAAAAACCAAAAAGAAUUAGAUUUCGAAUAGUUAUAUUAAAUUUAUUUAGAGAAGCAAUUCACAGAAGGUAGUAGUAAUAAUUUACUUUAGAUAAGAAAUAAAGAUGUAUAGAAUGGUUAUAAAAAAAGUGA